AUGCCUCCCGCGGACCCGCACGCCGCGGACGUCGAAGCCAUCUACCUCGACAAGAUGCGCUCGCUGAAGCCAAAGUACGGCUACGGCGGCCCGGUCAUGCGCGCGGACCCGGGAAUCGCGCAUCUCGACGCGGCCAUCGCUUCGAUCGCGGCGAAGCAGAACGACAUCCUCGCGUCCAACUACCGCAACAGCGCGGAGCUCUCGGAGCUUCGCGCCGUCGUCGAGACGCUCGCGAGAUCGAUCGCGGAGACGAACGAGCGCGUGUUCAACCUGCGCGACCAAGUCCUGCACCCGCUGACCGGCGCGCUCGCGGAGCACGGCGAGAAGAUGACGCGCGAGUUUCAACACCGCAGCGCCGUCGCGGUGGUGCACGAGACCGCGCAGAUCGCGCUCCCGGAGAUCAUCGACGCGGUCGAGCGGCGACACGAGGAGCAAACGGCGGCGAGAGAGGAGAUGCACCGCGAGGUCCUCGACGCGCUGGGCGGCGUGGAGGAGACCGUCCGCGAGCUCAUCGAUGCUCAAGGUCGAGGGGGGGGCGACGCCGACGCGAAUUCGAAUUGGAAGCGCGCGCUCGGCGCGUCGCUGUCGAUGAAGCGACGCCUAAGCGCGAGCCUGAGCCAGCGAUCGAGCUCGUCGCGAUCGCUCGCGACGAUGGACGGCGGCGACGGGAGGGAUACCCCGGGCGGCGCGUCGACGCCGGGAGGGGACGAGACGAAAAUUACCAAAAAAGGCAUGGAAGCGUGGCCGCCGAGGCGGUGGGGCGAGUGGACGCGCGACCACGUCGAGGUGUUCCGCGCGCUGUCCACCGCGGACGUCGCGUCGCUGUUCGACGCCGGGCACGCGGAGUGCUACGCCGUGGACCCCGGCGUCGCGGUGAUAUCCCAGGGCGAACGCGGCGGGUCGAUCUUCGUCGUCGCGUCGGGCGAGUUGGAGGCGUCGACGACGACGCCCGACGGCGAGCGCGUCGCGCUCGGCACGCUGCGCGUCGGCGAGGUCUUCGGCGAGAUGGCCGCGCACUCGGACGACGGCGCGCGGUGCGCGACGGUGCGGGCGAUGCCGAACAUGAUAGCGAAGCUCCCGGGCGCGGAGAAGGAGGAGGAGGGGAACGAGGGCGACGACGGGAGGUGCCUGGUAGUGGAGAUUCGCCAAGCCGGACUCGUGCCUCUGAUGUUCGAACGCGAGGCGCUCGGCGCCGCGUUGGAGAAGCUGGCCGUCUCGCGGACGAAGGCGAACGCGGCGCUCGCGAAGAGACUCAAGCACGUCAAGGCGAAGGCGAAGAAAAAGAGCGGGUGGUGGUGA